AUGAAGCUUCUAGAUUUCCUCCUUUUGGGUCUUAUACCCUCUCUCAUAACCAUACACCUGCUCCUGGCCCCGGACACAAAGGUCGAGGAAUCCUUCAACAUCCAAGCCACACACGACGUCCUCGUCUAUGGCACACCAACCCACGAUGUUGCCGCCCGUCUUCGGGCCUCCUACGACCACUUCGACUUCCCCGGCGCCGUGCCCCGCACUUUCGUCGGCCCCGUCCUCCUCGCCGGUGUGGGCGGGCCUCUCGUUAGCGUUGUCGGGUUCGCCCAUGCCCAGCUGGUCGUCCGCGCACUGCUGGGCCUCGCCAACGCCGCUGUCCUCAUCGUCUUCGCUCGCGGCCUCGGUAAGGGGCUGGGUGUUGGUGUGCAGAGAUGGUGGGUUCUGCUGCUCGCGAGCCAGUUCCACAUUAUCUUCUACGCAUCACGUACGCUGCCCAAUAUGUUUGCCUUCGCGUUGACAACCCUCGCCGCAGCAAACCUCCUCCCCCACCCUGACCCCCAGGCCUGGUCGCCGCGGCAGCGCGUCUCCAUUUCCCUCCUCGUCUUCGCCGCCGCCAUCUUCCGCUCUGAGGUCGCCGUCCUCCUCGCGACAACGGGCCUAUACCUCCUCCUCGCAGGCCAAACAACGAUCCUGCGUCUCGUGCGCCCCUUCCUCGUCAGCUUCACCGUCGCCCUCGUCGUCUCCGUCCCCCUGGACUCUUACUUCUGGCAAAAGCCCCUCUGGCCCGAGCUCUGGGGCUUCUACUACAAUGCCGUCCUCGGCUCCUCCUCCAACUGGGGCGUCUCGCCCUGGCACUUCUACUUCACUUCCGCCCUCCCGCGCCUGCUCGUCAACCCUCUGACCAUUGUCCUUCUGAUCCCCUUGGCCCUCACGCAGCCCGCGACUUCCCGCGUGGCCCGCGGCCUCGUCAUCCCCUCUCUGCUAUUCGUAGCAAUCUACUCCAUCCAACCGCACAAAGAAGCCCGCUUCAUCUUCUACGCCGUCCCACCAUUGACGGCGGCCGCAGCCCAAGGCGCAAACUUCAUCUUUUCCCGCCGCGCCAAAUCCCCGCUCUUCGCCCUCGCCUCCCUAGUCCUCUGCCUCAGCGUUGUCGCCGCCUUCGCCGCCUCGACGGCCAUGCUCCUCCUCUCCUCCCUGAACUACCCCGGCGGCGACGCCCUACGCCAACUCCACACCCUCGUCGGCCCCGGCCCCACCCGCGGCCGCAGCCCCGCCAGUUCCUCCGUCACCGCCGUCCACACAGACGUGUUGAGCUGCAUGACGGGCGUCACCCUCUUCGGCCAGAACCGCGCCGGCCUGCCACGGAACCCCCACUCGCGCGCGCUCGAGAACAGCCUCAACAGCGACGCCAAGACCGCCGCCGCCGUUCCCGUCCUCACCUUCGACAAGACGGAGGACAAGUCUGUCCUCGCCGACCCUGGCUUCUGGUCACGUUUCGACUACGUCCUGGCCGAGGACCCUGCGUCCGUGAAGGGGGGUCAGUGGGACACAGUCGGCGUCGUGCAAGGGUACGCAGGUAUCGAGGUGCUUCGGCCCGGCGCCAAGGUGGCUUCGGGGGCUGGAGAGGACGAGGAAGCGGGAGAAAAGGUUCUGGGCCGGGGCUUGUUAGUGAAGAGGUUACGCGAUCAGGUCCGCAAGUUGACGGGUGGUUGGUGGGUUGGGCCGCGCAUGGAGCCGCGGAUCCGGAUUUUGAAGCGGAUAAAAGAGGCCGGCGCCGGCGCGCGCAUCGUAUCUCAAUGA